UUGCAAUGCAUGCAAACUCUUUCACGGUUGCAGUCUCAAAUUCGUGCAAGGAAGGUCAGAAUGUUUGAGGAGAAUCAGACUCUUAACCGGCAACUGCUGCAGAAACGUGAAAAGGAAUUGGACAAGUUGCAAGCUAACCAAAUUGGAGAAAAAUGGGACGAUAGCUCAAAAUCAAAGGAGCAAGUUGAGGCACAGGUGUUGAACAGGCAGAUAGCAGCUAUGAGAAGACAGAAGGCCUUGGCAUAUGCAUCAACACAUCAGGUAAGGAGAUAUUGCCUUCUAGAUUUUAAUGGAACAAGUGAAACGAGUUUUUGAUCCAGUUGCAUUUUUUAUGCCUUCUAGAUUUUAAUGGAACAAAAAUGUGUAAAU